AUGAAAUCACACUUGCCUUCUUACUCAAGCCAAGCUCAAUUGAAUCGAAGAGUAAGGCGUCAAUCUUCUUCUCAUACUAUUCCACCAAGACGAUCAUCAUCUUCAUCUUCAUCUUCAUCACCAUCAUCAUCAUCAUCAUCGUCACCUCCUCCACCUCCUCCACCUCCACCUCCUCCUGUACCUCCUCGUUAUUCGCACAGACCACCAUUAACCUCUUCACGUCGAUUACCUUCGCUUCAACACCAUCUCAAUAAUUCAUCGUAUCCUCCUUUGACAAAAGAUCGAUUGCAACGGAAGAAUAAGCUGGAUGCUUUAUUAUGGGGUAGAACAGCAAGUUCCCACCGCAUUCCUCGUCGACGCAGUAUCUCCAAUGGCUAUAUCUUCCGGCAUUUAUACAAUGAAGAUAAUCAGCCUAUCGUAUACAAUGAGCCAUCCAUGCAAUAUUCUAGUCGCAGUACUGAUGAAGCUUCAGAAGAUGCCUAUACAUCCAAUCACACUUCUGGUGACAUGGGCCAAAGUGAUUCAAGAUCAGACGUUGGCGGCACAUCCCAUAUCCCUGAUGCUCAACGAUACAUGGCUGGUAGCGAAUUCACUAGUACAUAUCAACAUUCAUCCGUUGUGGGUGCAAGAGUGAAUGCCAGUGGUCUUUCUUCAUCACGAGCUCCUCCACAUACAAGCCAACAUUAUAGCUCUUCCCGCUUACAGCCAACCAGUAAUGCCAGCUCACACAUGUCUGAUAGUCGAAGACAGCUCUCUCGAUUACUCAAGCUCACUCAUACGAUGAAUAAAGUACCCACUCGACCCGAUGCUCUAUCAAAAGAAAAAGACAUGUAUUCUGCUGCUGCAGCUGCUGCAGCUGCUGCCAUGCGAGCAUCUUCGGUGCCUGUUGCAUCACAAUCAUGUCGACAACGCAUACAGGCAUUCUUGCAUGGCAUGGCAGGGCGAGUGGUCAAUACACGUAGCUGUGAACCAUCCAUCGAUCGGAUUCCAAUGGAAGAAAUGGUCAUGCUUGCUCAUUAUCUUGAAAAAACAGCACCAUCCAAGAGACCUAGUAUGAGUCGACAUUCUGUUUCAACACCUGGUGCACAUCCAUCCUAUACAUCCCCCACACAACGUUCUUCUAUCUUUUGGAAUAACGAUAAUAAUACUAGCAAUGGUGGUUCGCCCGAUGUCGCCACUGCUCAUCCCCUCGAUCAUGCAGCCACCGUUUCGGCUUCCGAAUUAUCUCAACAUCAUUUGGGAAGCUUGAGCAACAUCUUCUCUCACCGACACCAUUCACGAAAGAAUACAGAACUAUCACAGGCAAUCAUCGAUGAAAGAGGACCGCAUCGGCAAAGCAAUGGGGGCAACGAUAUUCCACAGCAGCCAUCGAACACCAUGGACACUUCCAAUCGACACCGACGAUCGUCUCCAUUCCAAUUCCUGCAAAGUAUCCCAGCAGCCAUGCAUUCGUUUUCGAGAAACAACAGCCAUCCCAUGAAAGACGACCACAAUGACAAUAGCCAUGUGCCCAGUAUUCACUUUGAAGGGUGGUCUUUGUGGUGGUUUUCCCCAUCACAUCCUUUACGUGUCAAGCUUUGGAAGAUUGUCGCAUCCAGCGAAUUCAACGUGUUCAUCUUGUUUCUCUUGUUCUUGCAAUGGAUCAUCCUAUCAUUUGUACCUAUCAAAGUCAAUGCCGACAAGACCAGCUUCACCCAUUUGUAUCAGUAUAUCUUACUUGCUAUCAAUAUCAUCUAUACCUUUGAAGCCAUUGCCAAAAUCAUUGUAUACGGAUUGGCCAUUUCUUAUCCAUCCAAGUCAAGACCCAAGCUAUUGAGACUGAGACACCUUUUCAGCCCAAGGAAACAUGAUCAGCGUCGCACUUCCUCUGGUUCAAUUGGAUCAGCACGCGUUCCUGGUUUCGCAGCACCCGUUUUUUCAUCAGCACGGAGUGUACGAUCGGUAUCAGCUAUCAAUGUCCCUGAACGAGUUAAUGCCGAUAUAUCGGGAGAUGAAAUUCCGCCGCCAUGGUCACCCAUCAUCAAUAAUCAGCAGCCCAACGUCGACCCGGAUACCAACAACUCCCUUCGCCCUUAUUCGUAUUUCGCUUCUCAAUAUACACCAUCCUCCUCGCCACGCAAUAGCAGUCAUUGUUCACCUACUUCAGAACACGACCUCUUGGAAAACACCCCAUUAUCAACAAAGACUGGCAAGAGCCUUCUUGAAGAAGAGGAAAAGUUUCUCAAAGUCAGCCAUGAUGCCUAUUUAUCUCGCUUGGGAAACAUUGUGGAUACCGUGGCUAUAGUAUCUUUUUGGAUCGAUUUAUCCAUCAUGCUUUUCGCAUCGGGGGAAGAAACUUGGUCUCUCUUCAAAGCACUAGCAGCAGCACGGAUUUUGCGUUUGGUUGUUGUUACGGAAGGCACAGCGGUCAUCAUCCAAUCCUUAAGGACAAGUUUCGAUAUGCUGUGCAAUGUGCUCGGAUUCUUUAUCUUCUUUUGGAUCUUGUUUUCGCUUUUGGGCGUAUUUGUAUUCAUGAACUCGUUCUCAAGGCGAUGCGCUGUGGUGGAUUUCCAAGCAAAUAAUGUCACACUUGUCGAGCCGCCUGUUGCAUGCAGCAAUCAUUAUGAUGCAAAUGGUAUCAAAUCAGGCGUGUAUGAUUUAGAGAGCGGCAUCUACGUUGAUCUCCACGAUGAUGAUGGCGUCACAUGCAAACUUGGCCAAGUGUGUGUGCAAAGUGUGAACUACCAACCAGGAUGGGGAUAUAUGAGCUACGACAAUAUCUUGUACACAAUCCUCAAUAUCUUUACCGUAAUUUCCACCGAAGGAUGGACCGAUCUCAUGUAUUUCAGCCAGGACAGCAUUUCUAGCGUGGCAGCCGCAACCUUUUACUGCUUUUGCAUCUAUCUCAUGACUUACAUCAUGGUUCCUAUGUUUAUUGCUGUCAUUACAAAUUCAUUUGCAAGUGCAAGAGGAGACAUGCGUCAUAGUGCUUUCGCAGCUGGCAAAAAGGCUCGAUUAUUGCUUACAAGGGAUAUCACUACCAGUAGUCAACCGGAUAGCACCAAUGAGGAUUGGGUUUAUAUCGGUGGUGGUGCACGUACCUCGUACAUGGGACAAAUCAUGCGCAGCCGCACCGAUCGUAUACGUGUAUGGGCGAAUUCCAUCGUAUCCAAGUGGUAUUUUCCUACAGCAGGGAGCGUGAUUGUGGCUAUCAAUAUGGUGUUUAUGGCGUUGUAUUCUGCAAAGUUGGAUGACAAGGAUAUAGAAAGGAUUCAUUUGAUGAACUUUUUAUUCACCUUGUUCUUCGCAUUUGAAAUCACUUUACGGAUUCUUGGUGCGUCCAGCUGGCAACAAUUUUGGAGCUUUUAUCAUAUCCUUUUCUCUACUCCUCAUUGGUUCAUGCUGUGA